GCGCCAUCUUGGCUCCGCGUCCCGCUGUCCAGUAGCAGCAGCAGCAUGCUGGUUGUCCUGAAGGUGAAGGUGAAUAAGACCGUGUAAAUGUCUCGGUGGAGGCCGCUCAGCAGGACGCUCUGCUCGGCUACAGCAGCAGCAGCAGCCCCGGCAGCAGGCAGCAGGCUGGAGCGGCUGAAGAAGAGCAAAGCUGGUGUGUGGUGUCGCAGCCUGCUCUCCGACUAUAAGGAGGCGUGUCGGGAGGUGGUGGUGGGAUCGUGGGAGCGUCCUGUUAAAGCCUCUCUCUACGCCUCUCUGCUGGGCGGAGUCUGGUUCUGUUUCUACACCAGACCGGACCAGUCGUCCUUUGAGGAAACGCUGCUGGACCGCUCCAACCAGCUGGCCCUGCUGUCGCCAUGGAUACGUAACGGGACGUCCGACGGCCACGUCCAGAGUCUGGUGAAGCUGCGUAACGAGGGCCGUCUGCGCUGCUCCAGCCUGGGGCUGGUCUCGGUGGUGUACCGGGCCGACUACGACCCCGACGCCUCGCUGUACGAGGCCCGCUGCUCCGGCCUGGCGCCGCCCUGGAGGGAGCUCCCCCAGCGCUUCCUGGACGUGGGCUUCAUGGGCCGCUGGUGGCUGCUGGACUCAAAGAUGAAGGACCACGACGUCAACGACACGGAGUUCACACACCUGCCGGCUCACAUGCAGGACACAGCGCCACCCAGUGUUCAGGAGGUGGAGACGUCUGAGAGGUUACACAAAGAGUCGUGGUUAGCUCUAAAGGUGGAGGAGGAGCAGGAGGAGGAGCAGGAGGAGAGCACUGUGGCAGACAGGAAGGAGGAGAGUGGAGGUGAAGAGAACCAAACUCAAGCAGUGAAAGAAUAACAGACGUGGCCUUGGUGGACAUUUAUUUCACUGUGUGGAUACACAACUGGACCAGGGUUCAUAGGCUCAUAUUCCAACUCACCACUUUUAGCUUCCAGAAACAUCUCCAGCUUUGUCUCAGCAGCCUUUCAGAAUCCUUAAAUAUGUUAUUUAUUCCAACCUUUUUUUUUGUUUCACAAAAAAAUAAUGCAAGUCAUUUAUACCAUGAACCAUUUGUCAAUAAACGUCAAAGAUCUCUGACUGUCUUACUGUUGUCUCAUGACUCUAAUAAUGUAUUUAUACAGACCUUCAGCCUUUUACUUUAAGACAUUUUAAGAUUCAAUGAUGAGGUCAGAUCUCAGUGUGUGAUGCCUGUUUGUCCACUUCCUUCAAACUGUUUUUUUUUUCUUUUACCUAACUGAGGAUUUUCACAUUUUCUUUUAUUGCCUGCUUCUCUUUUUCUGCAGCUGUGAGAGUAAAAAUAUGUCUGUAGGAAGUGAUUAUUUAUAGAUUUCUCCACAGCGUUCAGUCUGGAAGUAGUAUUCAACAACUCUCUUUUAUUCUAAUGUUUUGUUAUUGUUUUAUAUUUGCUAAGAUAAAUCUAAGCUAUGGAUGGCUAAGUUCACAUGUCCUGAGAUUUAAAGUCACAUCUGAUGCUUUUGAGAAGUCUUUUUUUUUUCAAUGGCUCAUGAAACCUAAAUUUAGUUUUUUUUUUUUUUUUUUAGAAAAAGAGCCAAUCUGUCAUCAUAUUGGCUAAUUUUGAAUUCCUUUCACAAUAUUUUUUUCAUGACAUUCUAUGAUAUUAUUGAUGGUAGCAAGCUGUUAAAGUCCUCCAGGAUAAAAUGUAUCAAUACCCUCGAUCUCUGAGGAGUUAUUAAGGAAUACAGCAAUCAAAUCUGCUGCCAAAAUAAAUAAUAAAGGAUUCAUUGUGCAUCUCUG